CUCUAAAUGUCCCCCACUUCCUUCUUCUUCCCCAGCUUUAUAUGCUGAGCAUGACAUCAUAUGGUAUGGAAUAUCCCUUUGGUCAGUUGGGGUCAGCUGUCGCAGCUGCAUCCCCUCCCAGCUUCUUGUGCACCCGGCAGAGCACGGGAAGCUGAAACAGUCCUUGACUAAUGUAAGCACUACCCAGCAACAACUCAAACACCUCUGCAUUAUCACCGCUGUUUCAGCACAAAGCCAAAACAUAGCCUCAUCCUAGCUACUAUGAAGAAAAUUAACUCUAUCCCAGCUGAAACCAGGACAAAUACUAAGUUUUAUAUUCUGGUCUCACAACUGUGCACACAAGUGCUGCGUUGAGUUUGUGUCAUUAUAAAGUGAAAAGGAUAAUCUUAACAAGAGGACUAAGCUUACACAAAAGCUUCUCUGAAAAACACAGUGGGCUAUGUAAGAUUUGACUGUUGAAAUACAUUAGGUUACAGUUGAUCUAAUGGGAAGUGUUUAAAUCCUGAUCUAGAGAAAUCUCCAAGAACAUACACACAGGCACCAUAUAGGAAAAUUAUCAUCUAUCAUUCUCCCAGUUAACAAAUAUGACUGUUGAGAGGCUGAAAUGGUAUAAACAUAAAUUGAAGAAUGUAUCAUUUGGUUAAGUCAAAGUUGUUUAUCUGAGAAAAUGACAGAAGAGAAAGCAAACUGCGUUGCCGUACAGGAAGCUAACCAAGUCACGGGAUUUCCCACAGACGGUGAAAAGUUCUAGUAUAAUUGUAGAGGAAGCAGAUGUUGGGAAAUAAGCAAGGUUGCAAGGUCUCUCAUUUCAGUGGAAGCGUAAGGCAGAAUUGGAGCACUGGAAAGCACGAAGUGCAAGAAAAAGAGGCUUGAAUCUGUCAAGAUGAAACACAGAAAUGGGAUGAAGGUUAGCAACCACCGAAGGUUUCCAGAAACUAAACAAUUCUUUAAGGAGAAAACAAUGCGGCAGCAUAAAGUGCAAGGACAAAGAAAUUUGCAUCCACAUUUAGAUACAUUCAAAAUGUUGUGUGGUGGGAAAAAAUCUUACUUUGCUGCUGCUGUGUGCAUUAUUACUCUAACUUCAAUGGUCACACUUUCUUAUCUUAGGUUACAGAGACUAUCUCACCUGCCAAAAAUAAUUCAAGAAGGUAGCAGAUGUAGAGGGAAAAUUACCAAUAGCACAAUAACGCCAUUAAAAGAUAACAGAACUUUUAUUAUAUCCCCAUACUUUGAUGACAGAGAAAGCAAAGCCACUCGUGUGAUUGGGAUUGUUCACCAUGAAGAUGUAAAACAACUAUACUGCUGGUUCUGCUGUCAGCCUGAUGGAAAGAUAUAUGUAUCCAAAGCCAAAACUGAUGUUCACUCAGAUAGAUUUGGAUUCCCGUACGGUGCAGCAGAUAUUGUUUGUUUGGAACCUGAAAGCUGCGAUCCGACACACGUAUCAAUUCAUCAGUCUCCACACGGAAACAUUGACCAGCUGCCAAGGUUUGAAAUUAAAAACCGCAAGGCUGAGGCUUUUUCUGUUGACUUCACUGUAUGCAUCUCUGCCAUGUUUGGAAAUUACAACAACGUCUUGCAGUUUAUACAGAGUAUGGAAAUGUACAAGAUUCUUGGGGUACAGAAAGUGAUGAUCUAUAAGAACAACUGCAGCUAUCUGAUGGAGAAAGUCUUGAAAUUUUAUAUGGAAGAGGGAACUGUAGAGAUAAUUCCUUGGCCGAUAGACUCACACUUCAAGGUUUCUUCUAAAUGGCACUUUUCGAUGGAUGCAAAAGACAUUGGCUACUAUGGACAAAUCACAGCUCUAAAUGACUGUGUAUACCGUAACAUGCGGAGGAGCAAGUUUGUGGUUCUUAAUGAUGCUGAUGAAAUAAUUCUUCCCCUUAAGCAUCCAGACUGGAAAACAAUGAUGAGCAGCCUUCAGGAGCAAAACCCAGGCACUGGUGUUUUCCUCUUUGAGAACCAUAUCUUCCCUGAAACCAUAUCUACUGAUGUGUUCAACAUUUCAGCCUGGAAUACUGUGCCGGGUGUUAACAUAUUACAGCAUGUUCACAGGGAGCCUGACAGGAAAGAGGUAAUCAAUCCCAGGAAAAUGAUAAUUGAUCCACGAAAGGUCAUUCAGACUUCAGUCCACUCUGUCCUACGUGCCUAUGGGACCAGUGUGAAUGUUCCCAUGGAUGUUGCCCUCAUUUAUCACUGUCGGGUGCCCCUUCAAGGAAGCCUUCCUAGAGAAUCCCUCACCAGGGAUACAACGCUUUGGAGAUAUAACUCAUCAUUAAUCAUGAAUGUUAACAAGGUGCUAUCUCAAACCGUAGUGUAAGCUCAAAAGUGAAACCUCAGUUAUAAGGAGGGAAAGUGGAGAGCUACCCGUGUGGUGGAGAGGCAGAGGAUAUAAUUUAAAGGUCGUAUUAGAAUCACUUCCACAUGAAGUUUACAACUUACAGAGACUUAGGAGAACGGCCCUUUUAUGUACUGUACAAAGAUAAAUGCACUUGAUUUGUGAACUGAAUCAACGUAAGAGACCACAGUGACCAUGUGCUGGUUAAGAACUGGGUUCCUCUGGUAAAGUCUCUACUGUAACUUUUUAAGAUGUGAGUGCUGAGGCAUAGUGAGAAGACAGGUCUUUUACAUACAUAUAACUAUGAAAGUGCAUUAUUUAAGGCCUAUGAAGUCACCAUGCAGAAAUUAGAAAGUUAAUUUACUGAUUUCCAGCUCUUUUUCUUUCCCCAUCUUCAUAUAUGUUUCAGUUAGUGCAGUGAACCUGUAAACUACCUGAAGAAGGAAUUAAUUCAUUUUUGGUUAUUUGUAAAUCUGAAGUUCUCCGUGGAUUAAAAAAAUACAGCUAUUUUUAGUGGUGCAUGGUAAACGAUGGCUUGGGACAGCAUCUCCCAGAUGAAGAGCUACAUUGGUGUUAACACUGUAACUCAUUAUAGUCACAGAGGCAGGAUAAGAAAACACACCAGCUGCAGCACUGGAACUGUCUCUUGUUAGAGGUAUUUCUUCUUAAGGGAAAUGGGACUUUUUAGCACAGCCAUGAGUAAUUUAAUGAUACCAAGGAUCAAUACAGGUGGUGUUACUCCUUCUGGAAAAUGUAAAAUGAGUUUGUUUUCAAGUAAAAAAACAGAAUCACUAUUUCUCAAUUGAUUCAAGUAAUGCAAAUGGCUAUCAACAGUUUUCAACCUAUGUACAAAAACUACAACUACAGCCAUUAUUAUUAGAGGUAACGUUGCUUAAUUCUUGUCGUUUGUAUGUCACUGAGUACAAAAUUUGAAUGUAUCAAGUUAAAAGGCAAACAAAUACACUGUGAAAAUAAUUAAGCAAAAUCUACCAAUUUCAAUUGUAAAAAAAUGAACCUCUUAUAUUCUUGGACAUCAUGUUUAUUAAAGUGGUGAUGUAUUUUAACACCAAA